UCGGGCAAGCGUUUCUCGAGGCAGACUUGGCGCCGAAGAUUUUUUCCACAUUUUUUAAAUAAAACUAAUCUUUUACGAAAGUAUCAGUGCUAAUACUAUUUAUUUUAAACCAGUCUCUCUAGCGAGUUGUAGUCACGAUAGAGAACGUUCCCUACAUUGAAAGAAGGGCAAAGAUGGCAGGCAGGGGAAGAAAGAGAAACAGAGAGUCAGAUGAUAAUCAAACAAAGAAAAGACAAAAAGUGCACCAUCCAUGUCAUGGGAGUGUUCCUGGGAAAGUUCUUGUAUGUGGGGAGGGAGAUGUUGGUCAACUAGGCCUGGGAGAGGACGUGAUUGAGAAGGCACGCCCAGGUCUUGUUAAUAUACCAGAUCCUGUGAUACAGGUGUGUGGCGGUGGAAUGCAUACAGUGUGUCUGACAGAAAAAGGAGAGGUGUAUACAUUUGGAUGCAAUGAUGAAGGAACACUUGGUCGAGACACAUCAGAAGAGGGUAGUGAGACACUACCAGGAAAAGUCGAUGGACUACCCAAGAUUGUUCAAGUCUCUGCAGGUGAUAGUCAUACAGCAGCAUUGUCGGAAGAUGGUCGUGUGUUUGCAUGGGGAAACUUCAGGGAUGCUAGUGGAUCUAUGGGCUUCACAACAAACGGUAUACAGAAUACACCUAUGACAAUGAUAGAAGGAGAAACUAUAGUCAAAAUUACAUCAGGGGGAGAUCAUCUUGUUUGUUUGUCAGAUGUAGGCGAAAUAUUUACCUGUGGUUGUGCUGAACAAGGACAGCUUGGACGAGUAGCAGAAUGUUUCUCACAACGAGGGGGAAGGAAAGGACUAGCAUCUAUUUUAACACCAGAACCUGUCAGAUUCAGGAAAAAGAAAUCAGUUUUCUCUGACAUCUGGGCGGGACAGUAUAUUACAUUUGCCAAGGAGAAAAACACAGGAGAAAUUUACGGCUGGGGUCUGAACAACUACUUCCAGUUAGGAUUCAGUGAUAUGACAAACCGGUUUGUGCCAGAGAAAAUUAAGUCUUUUGAUAAGAAGAAUUGGGUGUGUAUACAAGGAGGACAACAUCACACCGUAGCUCAGGACAAUGAAGGAAAUGUGUAUACUCUAGGCAGGGCAGAUUAUGGCCGUCUUGGACUUGGUGAAGAUAGCGGAGAGAAGAAAGAACCAUCAUUGGUUAAAUUGGAGAAGAAAUGUACCAGUAUAUCUGCAGGACAGUCUGUGUCAUUUGCUCUCCUUGAAGAUGGUUCAGUAGCAUGCUGGGGAAUGGGAACCAGUAAUCAGCUGGGUAAUGGAGAAGAUGAGGAUUCCUGGGUACCAAGCAAAAUGGGCGGAAAGCAACUCAAUGAGAGGAAAGUUAUACAAGUAUCAGCAGGAGGUCAACAUACAGUGUUACUGGCUGUAGAUAAAUGAUAUCAGCAUACUAUUUUAGACUGUAAAUGACAAUUUUUAUCUCAAGUGCAGACUCAGUCUUCCAUAGAAUAUACAUGUACCUUGAAGAUAAUGUAAGAAAACUGACCAAGAUGGAGAGAGAAAAGAGACGGUGUACAAAUCGGAUGAAAGUGAAAAUAAAAAUUUUGACACAAAGCUUGUGUAUGCCAGUCGGUACUGCAUAAGAAUUUCUGUCGACGAGAUCUAUGAAACACAUCAUGCAAUUGUGGAAAGGAGUGUUAUGUUCAAGUGAUUAUUAGAGAUAAGCUUUAACAGUUAAGUAAGAUAAGAAAUAAGUUGAAAUAAACCUCGCCUAUAUAAAUAAGGCUUCUAAUGAUACAAUGACAGCUUCAGAUAAAAACUAUAGAAAACUUGAUGAUUUUUAUUGAAUAUUUUCCGUUGCGUUGCAUUUAAAGUUAACAGAGAAUUCAUAUUUGUGAAUCUAAUAAAAACAAAAUCACUGCUGACAAAAAAAAAAAAACAGCAUCUUUUGUCAUGUCAGAUGUGUUUAGAAGUUAUCGUUUGUAAUGAAAAUCAUGGGUAGAUUUAUAUUUUUGUUGAUUUGUUUGAUUGGUUAUUUAGUUUAAACAUAUUUUACUUCACCAGUUGAUAAAAUAUUUACAAAACAGUAAUCGAGGAAUAGGACAAAAAGCAACAGCUUACUGUUGUCCUCUUCUUAUCAAUUUUAAAAUUUUAAAGAAAAACAGAAAGAAAACAGGCAAUUCAUUAAUUCAAUUUGUCAUUUAUUUACUUAAAAGUUUCCAUGUAACAACUUUUGUAUAUUACCACAUAGUAUUUUAUUUGAUUUCUGUAUUUUGUAUAGAAGACUGAAGCUUGUUUUUUAUUGCUCAUUAUUUUAAUCAAUUUCAUAUAUACAGCAAUAAUAUUGUUUUUAGGACAUUGUACAUAGAUAUUUUAAUUUGAGAUAAUGACGUUAUUUUUAAUGUGCCCCACUAAAUUAAAUAAAAAGAUCCGAUUGAUGAGAAGUUUUGUAUUUUUUUGAAGAAUUUUGUAGAUGUUAGGUAGGUAAAGAUUAUUUGUAAGGAAUAAAAGCAGGAUAAAAAUCCUUUAAAUUUCUUUAUAGAUACCAGUUUAUUCCACUGACAUGUAUACUCAAUCUUAUGGGAGUGAUAAUGGGAAACAUUUAAAAGCAAUUGCACAGAUUUUCAUUUGAGAGACACAUUUUUAGCCAUUAGAAAGCAUUGACACAAGAUAAUAUCGUAAUUCAGAAAGAUGUUUUAAAUUAUUUUGGCUGGCCUUUUUGAUUAUGUGUACACCAUAUCUGGCAGUGCACUAUAGUGAAGAAAAUUUGAAGACAAAAAAACACUGUUAACAAAAUUAAUGAAUCUUAUGUGUGUAAAAUAGACAAUGUAAGAUGAAGCAAAAAGAAUUUCACGACUUUAAAACUUGUGAAGGAGCACAAAAUAUGAAAUACCUGAUUGGAGAUUAGCUUUAGUUACCAUGCAAAGAUUUUACAUUUUAAGUUCAUGAAGUUAUCAUCUUCAGCACACUAUUUUGUGUGUGUUUCUUCAGACUCAGGGUUUCAUUGUCUAUUCUUAUCAUUUCAAAAGCAUAUAAAUAGCAAAACUCCGUUUUUCCUUAAUAUGUUUUUCAUUUCUACUUUGUUUGAAAUGUUCUUUAAAAUAUUUAUAUUGGGAUAUUAUAAUUCAGGCUAGGCAGCUGACCUCAAACUUUGAUGAGGGGAAAGCUGAAAGUUAACCCUUCAGUUCUUGUGACAAUUGAGAAACUUUUUUAGUGAAGCAGUGGUUACUUAAAACAGAUUUUUAUAGUGCUGUCAUUUUUCACACUGCCUGUAAAUAGUGAUCAAAAUUAGCAUAAGAACUAGUAAAAGUAAACUGGAUUCUUAAAAACUUAUAAAAAUUUCUUUUGGGCUAGUAAGAAUUUUUAUGGCAGCAGUUUUGGCUGGUGUCUGAAACACUGUAAUCUCUAAAAAUGAAGAGUUUAAUUCCAUGUAAAACUUACUGGUGCCAAAUUAAUCGCACAUGUAUACAUUAUUUAAGGUGCUUUAGUUUCUUAGAUUUUUAUUGUUAUACCAUUUGAGCCGCGCCAUGGGAAAACCAACAUAGUGGCUUUGCGACCAGCAUAGAUCCAGACCAGGCUGCGCAUCCGCGCAGUCUGGUCAGAAUCCAUGCUGUUCGCUAACGGUUUCUCUAAUUGUAGUAGGCUUUAAAAGUGAACUGCAUGGAGCCUGAGCAGACUGCGCGGAUGCGCAGGCUGGUCUGGAUCCAUGCUGGUCGCAAACCCACUAUGUUGGUUUUCUCAUGGCACGGCUCAUUUUGUGUUUGUAUGUAUUUAACACUCACUAGUUUUCAUUUUGAACAUAGUUUGAUCUCAGUCAUUAUAACCAUGAGUUGUAUUAGAUUUAGAAAGUUAGACUACUUCGCAGUUUCCUCCCCUUAUAGUAUUACCCUGUUAAAUUUCUAAAAUGGACUGGUCCAUUGUUCAGUGUUCACUGAAAAUUUACUGACUGAAUAGCGAACAGUGCAGACUUGUGAUCAGCCUGCAUGGACAUACAGGCUAAUCUUGGGUCUGCACUGGUCGCAAAGGCAAAACCACUUGCCGUCAUCGUUCACAUUUUUAAUAGAAUUUUGAUGAAACUGUUGUUUUAUUUAGACAUUGGUUAUUGAAAAUUUUUUGAAAAUUUUCAAAAGAGAAAAGACUGAUUUUGGUGUUUAUAUGAAAAACAAAA